AUGGGCGAUGUUUGCCCUUUAGCGUCACUUAUCGAUGUGGCAGUAGCACAUAACGCACUCUCUUUCGUCGAUGAGGUGCAUGCUGUCGGUCUCUAUGGGAAUCGUGGGGCCGGAGUAUCUGAACGAGACAAUGAGAUGCAUCGAAUUGAUGCAAUCACUGGAACCUUGGGCAAGGUAGUUUGCAUUCGUAUCAAUUCCUCCUAUUAA